GAAUCUCGAAGCGAGCGGUACGCAGGCGCGCAGUCGCACAUCCGUCAUAUACAAGAUACAAAACAUAAAACACAAGAUACAACACACAAUAUACAAGACUUCCAAAAGUUCGAUUCAGAUACAGUGCGACAAUCUAAAUACGCGUCCGAACACAAGAUCGCGACGCAGAACGAGGCAACCUGGCAAAAAGUAAAACAUAUAGACAGCGAAAUAAAUAAAGCGGAGGCAUAAAAAUUCCUCACAUCGUUCGGUGCGCAGCGACGACGAUCGAAUGCGGACAAAAAGCCUAAAAUACAAUACAGCGAGCGAGGCGAAAUAAAAGCAAGUCGAGGUGCGAGGUGCGAGACAAGAAAUUAAAUUGAUAAAACCUAAAAAGCGGAGCCUAGGACUUUGUCUUCUCCUGGGCCCAAACAUCGUUCGUCGAGCAAAAGCAAACUUGUCGCGUUGUUUGCUCUUCGCGGGCAAUUAUCGGGGCGAAUCGGGAAUCUGGGAAUUCGAGUGCGAACCCACCAGAGUGCUAAAGUGUGUGUGGACGAGUGUGUGCGCUAGUGUGCCAGUGCCAGUGCCAGCACUAGUGUGUAUAUAUAUAUAUAUAUAUGUUUAUAGCUGGUGUGGCAAAUAGCUCAAAGCCACGAAAUUGCUUUUAUCGGCGCACCGAAAUCGCUAAACUGCACAAAUCCAGAAAUUAAAAACAAAAAGAGAAACUGUUUAGCUGAAGGGCAAGCCGGCCAGCCAGCGAUCCCACAAAAUAUUAACCCGCCGGGCUUAACAACGCCAGCAAACAAACAAACAAACGGCCAGAAAAAUGUAUAAUAAAAAAUUACAGCAAGUGAUCGUGCAGAAAAUAGAUCGAUAAACCCAAACCGAACUCAAACCCGAAAAAAAAAAGCGAACAAAAAUCGAAAAAAAAGGGGGGGGAAAAGGCGAAAAAGCGACGCGGUCCAGCGCAGAGUAUAAAAAUAAAUAAACGAGCGACGAUCAGCGAGCGAUCAAGGAGCUGCAGCAGGAGGAAGGAGCACGUUUCUGGGUUUUUGUUUCAAUUUCAAUUGUGGAAAUCGUAGAGGAAAAAUUCGAACCGGUCUGUUUCUGUUUGGAGUCGCCAACGCCAGCGGAGGACGAGGCCAGCAACCGAGAACCAUCGAUAUUUAUUAAACAAAGACAGAAAUUAAUUUCACGAUUUUGUGAGGCUGCACUACCACUGCAACGCUGACUACCCCAUCCCCGCCCCCCAUGCGCGGCUUGAACUUUGAGCCUGAGGUCUGGGCUGCAACAGGGAACUAGGGAUCGGGAUCUUCGGCUCGCCGGCAAAAUGUACGACAUCAAGCGCCUGGAAGCGGGACAACAGCAGAAACUACAGCAAGCACAGCCAAAACCACUGGGCCUUGACCUGAGCGGCCAGCAGCACCAACAGCAGCAGCAGCAGAAUCAACAUCACCAGCAACUCACCUGUAGCGUGAUUACAGCGCCCGAGAACCGGGCUAAUCCCAAUCCCAAUCCCAUCGAGGCCACCCACAUGACUCUGCUGACGCUGCGCCGGCGCCGAUCGCUGCAGCGGCGCGCCUGUCUGCUCAGCAUCCUGGCCGCCUUCGUCUUUGGCAUGGCGCUGGGCGUGGUCGUGCCCAUGUUCGGCCUGCCCCGCCAUCCGGACACCGCGCCCGAUCUGCCGGAGGAGAUCCACGUGGCCGUGGAGCCGCUCAGCUCGUACCGCGUGGAGUUCAUCAAGGAGGCGGACGCCGAACUGAGCGCCGAGCAGGUGUUCCGCAAUGCCUUCCACCUGGAGCAGGACAAGGAUGCCCCGGACUCGAUGGUGGUGAAGAAACUGGACACCAACGACGGCAGCAUCAAGGAGUUCCAUGUGCAGCGCACGGCCAGCGGUCGGUAUCGCAAGGGUCCGGAGCGGAGGCUAUCGAAGAAGGGUCCGGAGCGGGUUCAGAAGCCCAAGAACUCUCGUCUACCCUCCUCCACCCCAUCUGUAAAUCCCUCCGCCACCGAACCCCAGGCGGACCUCAUCGAGGAGGACGUCUUCUGGGGACCCACCGUGGAGCAGGCCCUGCCCAAGGGAUUCGCCUCGAGGGACCAACUCGACUGGGAACGCUUCGUGGGCGAGCAGGGACGCGUGGUUCGCUUGGAGCCGGGAUGCGGACGGAUGCAGAACCGCCUGGUGGUGUUUGCGGAUGGAACGAGGGCCUGUGCCCGCUACCGCCAGAACACGGAUCAGAUCCAGGGCGAGAUCUUCAGCUACUAUCUGGGCCAACUGCUGAAUAUAAGCAAUUUGGCACCGAGUGCCGCCACCGUGGUGGACACCAGUACGCCCAAUUGGGCUGCUGCCUUGGGCGACAUCACGCAGGCGCAGUGGAAGGAGCGCCGCCCGGUGGUGCUGACCCGCUGGCUCUCCGAUCUGGAGCCAGCCGGGAUACCGCAACCCUUCCAGCCGCUGGAGCGGCACCUCAACAAGCACGACGUCUGGAACCUGACGCGGCACAUGCAACCCGAAAGGCCGACGCAGACACAGGGAUUACUCAAGCGGUUGGGGGCUGCCACUUCGCCGGGCUCCGCUCAUCAAUCAACUGCGAUUGAGGAGACAGAGACUGGAACAGGAACAGGAACGGCAACGGCAACGGCAACUGCUGCGGCAGCGACAACGACAACGACCACUGCCAACGGAGCGCUGGUGCAGCGACUAAUUGAAUUGGCACAAUGGUCCGAUUUAAUCGUCUUCGAUUACCUGAUCGCGAACCUCGAUCGCGUGGUUAAUAACCUGUACAACUUCCAAUGGAACGCCGACAUCAUGGCCGCGCCGGCGCACAAUCUGGCCCGCCAGUCCGCCUCGCAGCUGCUCGUCUUUCUGGACAACGAGAGCGGUCUGCUGCACGGCUACCGGCUGCUGAAGAAGUACGAGGCGUACCACAGCCUCCUGCUGGACAACCUGUGCGUCUUCCGGCGGCCCACAAUCGAGGCACUGCGUCGACUGCGAGCGGCGGGAGCGGGACGGCGACUGCGGGACCUCUUCGAGCGGACCACCAGCGCCGGAGUGCGGGACGUGCUGCCCUCGCUGCCGGACAAGUCCGUGAAGAUCCUGGUGGAGCGCAUCGACCGGGUGCUGGGCCAGGUGCAGAAGUGCCAGGGCAGCUAAUGAAUCUGGAGCAAUAUCCAGUUGCUGGCCCCAAACACGACUGAUAGGCUGUAAAUACCGGAGCAGCAGUGGGUGCAUCUUCAUCUGGAUUGGGAUGGCAGUAGUCAAUGGGUUCAGUGGCGUGUGGAUGGGUCCUAGUAAAAUCUUAAUGUCCUUUAAUUUUGAAUCUGGAAGCUGUAACCUUGCCUAAUUAGAAUCUUUGCAAAACAUAUUCUUAAGGAGAUCGGAUUGCCCACGCCACUGGCCCCAAGGAGAUCCGAGUAUUAAAGGGUGAUCCACUGGAGUUGAACUAAAAUACCUAACUUGUAAAUGCCAGACUCUAUAUAGUACUUGAGUAUUAAGCUUACCUAUCCGUAAAUGUAUAUGUAUAAACUAAGCCUAGCUAGCGUUAACAAUGUGUGUGAUAUUUGUCUAAGGAACCAGCCUAAGUAGAUUUCAUUUUACCUUUUACAACCAAUAAACCACAAAUAUACCGAACGAAA